UAAAUCUUUAACCGAUAUUAACAAAAUUUUCUAUAUAAUCCUACAUGUGCUUCAACUCAAACACAAGAUAAAUUUGAACACACAACUAUGGAGUUUGACAUCCCAUCAACACUCAUCCCUCUAAUUCCCUUUCUCCUCUUCCUCUACAUGUUUCUCAAAUCUCAAACCAUCUCAAAAUCAGCAAAGAGUUACUCACACAUCCCCGGCCCCAAACCCCUCCCUCUCAUCGGCAACCUCCACCUCAUGCUCCGAGCCUCCUCCGGCCCCCACCGCCUCUUCCGUUCCCUCGCCGCCAAACACGGCCCCCUGAUGCAUCUCCAGCUCGGCGAGCUCAACUUCCUCAUCGUCUCAUCCGUCGAUUUCGCGAAGCAAGUGAUGAGAACCCACGACACCGUCUUCGCGAACCGGCCCCACAUGCUGGGGGCCGAUGAGCUGUCCUACAAUUCCAGCAGCAUCGGCUUCUCCCCCUACGGCGCCUACUGGCGCCAGCUGCGGAAGAUCUGCGCGACCGAGCUUCUGAACGCUCGGCGCGUGCAGUCCUUCCGCAGCAUAAGAGAGGAGGAGAGCGCGAGCAUGUGCGAAUGGAUCGCUUCUCGGGAUGGAUCGCCGGUUGAUCUCUCCGAGAGGCUUUACACGUCCGCGUACGAUACUACGACGAGGGCAGCUGUCAAGGCGAAAACCGGAGAGAGUGAGAAGAUGAUUUCUCUGUUGCUGGAGUCCCUCAAGUUAGCUUCGGGGUUCAUGAUGGCGGACCUUUAUCCUUCGGUUAAAUCGCUGCCGUUGAUCAGCGGAGCACGGAUGAAGUUCCGACGGAUGCGUCGCAAGCUGGACGAGGUGCUCGAUGCCAUCAUCGAGCACCAUAGAGCAGCCGGCGACGGCGAUGAUGAUGCGAAGUUUGAAGGGUUCUUGGAUAUCCUUCUCAAGUUUGAAAAAGAUGGGACUAUAACUAUCAACAACAUCAAAGCAGUGCUCCUGGAUAUGUUCCUAGGAGGAACGGACACGUCCGCCGCUACCUUAGAAUGGGCAAUGUCGGAGAUGAUAAGAAACCCGACCACACUCAACAAGGCACAACACGAAGUAAGGAAGGUUUUCGAUGACAAGGGAUACAUAGACGAAGAUAAGUUCGAUGAGCUAAAAUACCUCAAAUUAAUCAUCAAAGAGACUCUGAGGCUGCAUCCUGCAUUGCCGCUUCUACUCCCGAGAAUGAGUUCCCAGAGAUGCGAAAUCAACGGUUACGAAAUCCCAGCAGGAACCAGAGUGAUAGUGAAUGGAUGGGGACUGGGAAGGGACCCUGAGUAUUGGAACGAUGCAGAGAAGUUUAUACCCGAGAGGUUUGAGGGAAGCGAGCAUGAUUUCAAUGGGAGCAAUCUUGAAUACAUACCAUUUGGCGCGGGGAGGAGAACAUGUCCCGGCAUGUUGUUCGGGUUGGCCAACGUGGAGCUUCCGCUUGCGAUGCUCCUCUACCAUUUUGAUUGGAAAAUGCCAGAUGGGAUGAAAGAUGAGGAAUUGGAUAUGAUGGAGGGCUUUGGCGCCACGGUUAAUAGGAAGCACCAUUUGCGUCUGAUUCCCGUUGUUAAGCGACCUUUGCGUGCAAGUGCUGUACUGAUUUAGGGAGUCUUUACUCUGAGUGAUGGGAGUUUGUUUGCUUGAUAUUGUACUCCCUCCGUCCCCUAUAAUUUGUCACCAUUUAAUUCGGCAUGGGUUUAAAGAAAUGUAAUAAAAAGUGGGUUGAAAAAGUUA